ACAUGAGCAUAGCGCAACAACGUACCCUUGCGUGAUGACGCAACACGACAACUGCGGGUCCCGAUUGCUGCAACCGCUUGUCAGUGUGACGAAGAUUGGCACUCAGGUUGGCCAUCUGUCCCUGGUUUCUAUAAUGCCCCAGUGCUGGCAGUGAACGUGAUGGCAGCCCAGGCGGUUUCUAUAGACAAAUACCCAAAGGGGGAACAGCAGAUUCAAAGUGUGGUAAAGGUAGACUGUGACUCUGAGUCUAAAUUUGAAGGGACAUUGGUUGAAGUGUCCAACCCGAUACCCACUCAACCACAGACACCCAUGGAUGCUGACAAAGCAUCUAUAUAUCGACAUCCCCUGUUUCCCUUGUUGGCCCUGCUUUUUGAGAAGUGUGAGCAGUCCACACUAAGCUCUGAAUGCAUCACAUCAGCUAGCUUUGAUGUGGACAUUGAGAACUUUGUACGCUGUCAGGAAAAAGAGGGGAAGCCCUUCUUCAGUGAAGACCCUGAACUUGAUAACUUGAUGGUGAAAGCUAUUCAAGUGCUACGGAUCCAUUUGCUGGAGCUGGAGAAGGUGAGUGACCUGUGUAAGGACUUUUGCAGUCGCUACAUCGCCUGCCUCAAGACUAAGAUGAAUAGCGAGACUCUUCUGAGUGGAGAUCCAGGAAGCCCGUACUCCCCAUUGCAAGGCCAGGCACAGAACUUCUCACCUACCAAGACUCAGACUCCAACCUCCAUCUCAGGCACCCUCAGUCCCCAGGGUCAAAUUGUGGUGCCAGCUUCAGCCCUGCAACAAGGGAAUGUUACUGUUACAGCUGUCAACCCCACCCAAGUAGUUACAGGAAGUACAGUUUACCAGCCAGUAACAGUCGUCACUCCUCAGGGCCAGGUGGUGACUCAGGCCCUGUCUCCUGGGACAAUACGUGUCCAAAACAAUCAGCUUCAGCUACAGUUUCACCAGGACUUGAACCUCUUUAAUCACGAGGACAACUCAACAAAAAAUAAACGGGGCGUUCUACCCAAACACGCCACCAAUGUCAUGCGCUCUUGGCUCUUCCAGCAUAUUGGGCAUCCUUAUCCAACUGAAGAUGAGAAGAAACAGAUUGCCGGUCAAACAAACCUGACACUUCUGCAAGUCAAUAACUGGUUCAUAAAUGCACGGAGACGGAUCUUGCAGCCGAUGUUAGAUGCAAGCUCUUCUGAGACCACCAAAACCAAGAAGAAAACUCCACAAAAUCGGCCACUGCAGCGUUUCUGGCCUGACUCUAUUGCUGCUGGGGGAGGAACUCAUCAGCAGGUCACCAUGCCUGAUGGUACAAUGGUGACAAUGAACAUGGAGAGUCUGCAGAGCCUCACAUCAGAUGGAGCCACACUGGCAGUGCAGCAGGUAAUGCUUGCAGGCCACAGCGAAGAUGAGUCGGGUGAUAGUGGUGAAGAUGAUGACGAUGCAGACAUGACCGUUCUGGGGCUAGACAACAGCGACUCAUUGCAGUAAAAGCUGACACACUGAUCUACACAUACUCAGAAGGCAUGUGUAACACAGACACAUAGGGUUUACACCGAGCACAAAAGCACAGAAUGUCCAUGGAUAGUACUGUGCUCUUCCAGCUGACCUCAAGUCUGCGCUGCGUGUGUGUACUUCAGAAGUUUCACUUCAGAAACUGUUUUUUAACAAGUUUAUUUGUGUAGGCGAGUGCACUUUUUUGUAUAUUUAAACUGAAAAGAUGAAAUCAAGCAGAAAAUAUGUGUUGAAAACACAAGAAACAAGUUUGUAUGCUCCGUUAUUAAUAGACUUUCUUGGUUUUUUUUAUUAUUAUUUUGCUUUUUGAUCUCUUAUUUGGAUGCCAACACAUAAGUUGUAUAUGUAAUGGUUUGUCUUCAUUCUUUGCAUGCUUGUGUUUUGAGUAGAUGUACGCAUUCUUCAGACUUGCUCUCCAGUACUCACGUGAGCAGAGUGGGAGAGGAAAAAAAAUAGAUAUGCUUAUUUUUCUAUACAAACAUGACAUUAGUGUUUUUGUUUUUAAUUUUUGUGUUCUGUUUUGUAAGGAAUGUUUAUGUACAGAUUCCUAAUAGCAGGCCUGUUUUUCAGGGUUCCUUAAAGUUUUCUAAAAAAAAUUGAAUGGUGAUGAACAUUACUAUUUAAAUUGAUUUUUAAACUCAAAAGACCAAGUAACAAGGCCUUAUUAUGUUUUCCUUUCAUAGAUCUCUUGCCAAGAAGCACAAACAAUGUUGACCCUUUGGAAAAUUUAUGAAAAGACACUAAACUGCAGAACAAAGUUGUAAAAGAUAGACUUUGUGUGUCGCAGCCAGAUCGAUAUCUGAAGAAAUAAUCAUGCAAAGUCAAUUGGUUGUUGUGCUCAUGUUUUUUUUAAAUCCAACUCCAGUUUACCCAUAUUGUGUAUACUAUGCAUUACGUAUUUGAAUCAUUUCACAGUUGUACCCUUGGCAUGACCAUGUCAAUUGCACAAUCAAGAACACUAUGCUAACUACACAAUCACAGGGUGAGAGACUGAAAUCUGUGGAAAGACACACUCCACAGCGGAUCACACCAACAAGCAGCAGAGGAUGUUUUGGAUGCAUUCAGCUUUUAUUUCUUUGUGAUGAAUCUACUGCAUAGAUUAAGGAAAUUCAGUUAAAGAAGAACUGGAAGGAAAAUACCUUCAUUUGGUCUUCUGUCACUGUUAUAGUGAAGUAAUCAAAAUGUCUUCAUUAAGCUGUUGUUACGCCACAAAUUGGGGUGGCAGUUGUCUAAAUCAUGGUAAGCCUGUGCUGAACAAUAGUUAAGUAAUUUAGUUUUUAUCAGUCUUGUUAGACACUUGGUCCAUGUGACCGCACACAGCUGUUCUUCAUUUGGGUUUGUUCACCAUGAUCUUGUCUGUUUUUCCUUAGAGCUUUCUAUUUUGGAAUAAAGAAUGCCCAACUCUC